AUGCUGCUAUGCAUGGCCAGUGCAAUCAGCCCGGAAGGAGAAGCACUCCUCCGGUGGAAGUCCACUUUGCUCAAUUCCACCUACCUGUCAUCAUGGUCGCAUGCCGAAUCGACCUGUGAUUGGUUCGGUGUCACCUGUGACAAUGCCGGCCAUGUUACCGCACUCGAGCUAUCCUGGUUCAGCCUCAAUGGCACGCUCAACGCCUUGUACUUCCCGGCAUUCCGGAACAUCACCACACUUGACCUCUGCGGCAACAACCUCAUCGGUACCAUCCCAGAAAACAUAUCGCUGCUGCUCACCUUGGCCUACCUGGAUUUGAGCAACAACUAUUUUGUUGGUGCGAUCCCCCAUCAACUCGGCAAGCUCCCAUGGAUUCGUUAUAUCGAUCUUGGGAAUAACUACUUAACCAACCCAGACCCUGCCAAGUUCUCGCCUUUGUCCACCGUGCAAACCUUACAUCUAAAUGAUAACAAUCUCAACGGCACUUUUCCACAGUUCAUCCUGAACCGCACCAACGUUAGGUUGAAGGACUUCGACCUAUCAGGUAACUUCUUCUCGGGUUCAAUACCUGAGACUCUGCCAGAUAUGGUUCCAAAUUUACUAUUUCUUGAUGAGUAA